CUAAAGACAGUGACGAGUAAAAUUGAUGACUUCUUCCUUUUUCCGUAUAGCGCAUGGCGACUUCCCUUGCUUCGAUUUAUGUGUCGCAAGCAUCAUCUUAUGUGAUGAUAACAUCAGGAUACCUUUUCUCACUCACAACUCAUGACUGAAGCUAAAUUCAACCAUACGGUGUGGACAUGCGACGGCUAUACAUUUCAGCCAGCUACACGUCGAUUAUGAAGACUAGCUCUACUGUCGAAUCUAUCAGGACGGGGCCCGGAACCCUAGUCUCAUUAGCCCUUGCGAUCAAGGCUGUCGUUUUCCCUUGUCAUUUCUGCUUCCUGCGUAGGUGCGCUCAGGCCGGUCAAUUUACAAUGGCACGGAAAUUGAGGAACACGUCACAACUUUACACCAGCGAUGCAGUCCACUCUGGGUACUGCAAGAGCGUCUUGUUGGAAAGGAGACCUGUCUCCGGACCUAAUUCACAGGAUGUUCUUAACGGAGCGUUGGGAGAUCAAUUGUCCAAUCUUGUCCGGCCCAUUAUCUUCUCAUGCCAUUCGGUGUGUGACGGUAGUGGUGCUGUACAAGGUUGGCCGAGGAAUGAAGGCAUCAGUUUCUUGGAUUUACGUCCUGCGGCCUUGGCCAGUGGAAUUGAUGCAAGAGAACAUCUCGGACAUUACAGUAUACGUUAAGUGUAGUCUUUUAGCAUGUACAGGUUUUGAAUAUU